AUGGCUGUGCCCGGAACGGAGCCGUUCUCCAUGUCGUGCGAGUCGCCCAAGAUGGACGAAUCGUCGCCGAGCGAAACCGCCAGGGCCCUCGGCGAGCGCCCAAGGAGGCCGAAGGAGGCCAGCUCGCUGGUUACCACCGACUCGAGCAGUUCCUUCAAACGCAACGGCGUCGAGUCUUCCGGCUCGGAGUACGACGGCCGUACCGCGUCCUCGUCGUCGUCGUCGUCGUCCACCAUCGCCUUCUUCACGACCGUCUGCGGGCUGCUCUUCAUCACGCUGCUCGCCGCCUACCUGACGAACACCAGGCGGCGCAUCGGCUCGAUCAGCGACCUCGUCGUAUCGUGUCGAACCCCCGAGUGCAAGCUCGCGUCGGGCUACCUGUCCACGAUCGUGGACCGCGACGUCGAACCGUGCGACGACUUCUACCAACACGUGUGCGGCAAGUGGACCAGGGAGCGCGACGGCCUCAGCUUCCUGGGCGACGCCUUCCAACGGUACCUGGCCGACCUGCGCCGCCGGCUGACGUCGGUAGACGUUGAGCGGUCCUCCGUGCACCCCAAGCUGCAUGCGGGCCUCAUCGUGGGCAGCCGCUUCGUCCGGGACUGCUUACUCUACAUGGAGGAAGCAGAACAGGACGUGAAGCGAGAGGUUGCGUCCAUUCUCGAGGUCCUGGACGUCUCUGCCAUCCUGGGCUCAGAGUCGUCCUUCGACGCGUUGCUGCAGGCCUUGACGCUAUCCUUCACCACGGGUCUCGCCUCCGUGGUCGGGAUCCGGAGACGGAGGUCGGAAGGCCGCGUCUUCCUGCACAUCUACAGCGCGAAGUCCAUCCGGGAAGAACUCCUGCCUGAGGCGACGGACCGUGCGGUACUGACUUACCUGGACAAAGUCGUUCGCGCCGCUUCUGGCGACCGCGUCCGCAGUGACGACCUCGCCAGUUCGUUGCUAGCUCUGGACGGCGCGCUGGCCCAGACGGCGCACGUCGUCUCUCAGUCGCCCGACGACGAAGACGCGUGGCUACACGUCGCCGACCUGAUCGGAGACCCGGGAUUUCCCGCCGGUCUGUGGGACGUCGCCUUCGGCUCGUUCAAGGCCAACGAACCCGUCCGCGGUCACGACAACGCCGUGCUCUUCAGGGGCUUGAACGCGUCGCGCCUGGUGGCCCGACAUCUGGAGCGGACGCUGGUCAACGUCACCGCCUGGUACCUGGUCGCGGCGACGCUGUCUCGCGCUCUGCGCCUCGAUUUUGUCAAGCGGUUCGGCGUCAACUAUCCGUACAGGUCCGAGCACCUUUGCCUGGACGCGGCGACGAGGGCUCUGGAGCCCGACUGGCCGCUGGUCCUGGUGGGGCUGGCCUUCCGAGACGUAGACUUCGGGGGUGCCGAGGCCCUCUUCGACGGUGUCCGCCGCUCCUCCAUGGCGACGAUGCCCGAGUGGCUGGACAACGUCACGACCAGGAGGACGCGGAACAGGCUGAGACACGUCACGAUGACGUCAUUCGCGACGAGCUUCGGAAGCAGCAACGCGACGAUGGGCGAGGUUGGCAGCAGCUUCGCCCGAGGGAACCGCAGCUUCCUGGCGUACUACGUGUCGCUGCACCGUGUCGCCCAGGAUGUCUCCAUCCGGGACCCUCCCGAUGGUCUCAAGGGAGCCCUGGCCUCCGUCGAGCUGCGGGGUCGCGUAGUCUACAGAGACCUCUACGGCACGGUGUUCCUGCCGCUGGUCUAUCUCAGGCAUCCCAUCUUCUACAACGCCUCUGUGGCCUCGUACUACAACUACGGCACCCUGGGGACCAUCCUGUCCAAGGAGCUCGCCGAGGCGGUGUCCCCCUUCUCCCGCGCCGGCGACAUCGAGGAUUCCGGUAAGGACAGCGAAGAAGGCAACGCCAGCGGGACCUCCCUGUGGUCCGAGGCGUCGCGGCGCGAAUUCUCCUACCGGAUCGGCUGUUACCGGGCGUUCGAGGACCACUUCCACAAGGGCCGCCCGCGGGACGUGGACUGGAUGACGGCGCCCCUGAAGCGGAACCUGUUCGCGUGGCUUCGCGCCGCCCGGGUCGCCUACGAGGCCAUGAGGGCGGACUACGCGUCCUCGACCCGGGGCGGGGCCCUGGCCCUGAGCACGGCCCUCUGGAAGUCCGCGCAGAUGGUGUUCUUCCGGCGCUUCUGCCUGGUCGCUUGCGGCCUCGACCGCACCGAGCCGCUGAGCGCCCGGGACCGCUGCCACUGGCCGUUGCUCAACAUGGCCGAAUUCGUGGACGCCUUCGGCUGCCCCAACAACUCGUUCAUGGCUUCGAGGCAGAACUGCCACUUUCUGUAGGCCGCGCGGCUGGCGGCCUAGACGUCGUAACUGAUGAGUUAGUUAGCGGACGUGAUAGACAGAACUAUUAAUAGAUUACCUUGCAUUGUUUUCCUUUUGUACCGUGUAGGAGAAACUUGCGUAAACCCUUUCGGCUACGAGAUUUAAUUCGCACAGAAAUGUCUCCCCCCCAUUUGCGUUUCGUCUACAAGACUUGAACUUGCAACUGUUAAUUAACGUGUUACAUUGUACUAGUUUCUAUCGUAAGCGUUAAACUGCUGUGAGCCUUUUCCGCUACCAGAUGAUUUAGCUUGCUGCUUUGAGUUAGAAGUAUCGUUUUCUUUUAGGCUGCUUUAGAUUAAUAGGCUACGAAUGAUUUGCAACGGAUGCGUUCGCGGACAUGACAGAAAUCUUAACGCAUUACUCUUUUACAAUUUUUUCUUGUAUCGUAAGAAUUAAACCAGUGUGAACCCCUUAAAGGGGCUGCUUGAAGACUUCGUUCAUGGCUUCGUGACGGAAUUAACUGCCGAAUAACCUGAUUUAACCUGAAAAAUUAGAAUUAAUCUGAUUUAGGCUCUCGCCUAUGGCUUUGACUUCUAAAUGAUCAAUUAUAUAGGCGAUGCUUCGAGGCAGAAACGUUAAUAUUCUGUAUAUGCCUUGUAUAUAUAAACACUGAAUUGGCGCGAGCUC